AUGAAUAUUUAGUUUAAACCUAUAUAUAAAUAAGCAGUCUAUUUAUUUUAUAUUUAUGAUGUCAAUAUAUUAAAAAUAAAUACCACCAAAAUAGAUUGGAAAAAUAAUAAUUCUAAUUAUUUUCUAAAUUAUCUUUGUAAUUAGAAUUUUGAUGUUUGUUUUAAAAAUUACUUUUUGAUGUUUUUUAUAGGAAAUUAAUAGAGUUUAUGUUAAAUUUUUUAGAAAUACUUUUUUUAAUAUUUAAAACACUUUAAAAUAUUACUGCAUAAAACAUUAAAUUAUAAAUAAUUUUAAACAAACUUUUUAUUUGCAAAAAAAUAAUUAAUUUUAAUUGGCAAUUAUUCUAAAAUGUAAAUGGAAGAAGAGUAAAAUUCUGAUAUUACUUGUGAUAUAGAUGCAUAAAUUUUAGAAGAGCUUUAAAAUAAGAAAAAAUUAAUUGACAGAUAGCUGUAGAUUCUAUGUGAUCUAGAGAAUCAAACUAAAGAAGAACUAUCUAUUUGGGAAGAAAAAUGCAAAAAUCUUAGAUAAAUUUACAAUUAUUAUAACUAUUCCUAAGCUUAAUAUCCAAGAAAUUUAAUUUAGAAGGAACCUCAUUAGAAUUCAAAAUGUAUCCAAGCAGAUAUCUAAAUCAAGUCCUAAUAAAUUGAUUAAAUAUAGUAAAUGCCUUAACUUUAAUAAAAACCUUUGCAAAGCUAGGCAGUAAAUAAAUUUGAAAUGAAUUAAAAUCAAGAAAACAAUGCUUAAAGUUAAUUAAUUGACAAUAAACAAAAUGCUGACUAAUUUAUGUAAAAAAAAUUGAUUCCUUAGUCUCCCAUAUAAUAAUAAAAUGAAGUUUAGAAUAAAAAAGUUGUUUUAAAAAAUGUGGAACUUGAAGAUGAAGAAUUCGAAGACGAUUUUGAAGAGUAAAAAGAGGAUUCAAAUAAAAAUGAAUUCAAGUUAUUAAAAACACCUUAGAUUGAUCAUUAGAAAAAGACUGUGUCACCUACUUAAAAUUUAAUUCAAGAAUUAAAUAAUGUAAGAGUUGAAAAAAAGAUAAAAAAUUAAGCUAAGAAAUUUAAAUUCCCUAAAGAUUAGAUAAUUGCACCAUCACCAUAAAAUGACAAGCCUAACAUUGAAAGAAAAGAUGAUGUAUAGCAAUAAUAAAAACUUGAUAACUUUAAAACCUUUGAGAAAUAUAUGUAGAAAUAUAUCAACAAAUUUCAAGAUGAAUCUCCAAACAGCAUUCUAAAAUAACUUUAAAAAGCAAAAAAAAUAAAAGCUAUUUUAGGUGUUCCUGAUGAAAAAUUAAUUAUUUCUCAUAAAUGGCUCAAAUAAUUCAAAGCAUAGAUUAAUAAAUUCUAUCAAUGA